CUCUUUUCCCUUUCCCUUUUCCUUUUCUUUUUUUUCUUACAAGAAACACAACGCAUUUUUCUAUGACUCAUGGAUCAAUAGUAGACUCUCCAACGUCUUUUGCAGCGAUUCUGUUCCCCGGGGGUCCUAUGGUGAACUCCCUUUUGGCCACAUCCUACAUCUCCAUCAUACCCAAUUUACUACUUUAUUUCGUGCCACCCGAUAUCAAAUCAACGACACUCAGCACGUUGGUCCAUUUUGCUGUUGGAAGUCUAUUGGGUGAUGUCUUUUUACACUUAUUACCUCAUGCUUUUAGUGAACCAUCGCAUCUUUCUCAUCACGAUAGGCAUCUGCAUGGAAACGAGCAACAGAGAAACGUUAUUAUCGGUCUAGGUGUCUUUGCUGGCCUAUUUCUUUUUUAUGCUACGGAUAAAGUGAUGAGAGAAUGGUUCGAACGGGAAGGUCACCAUCACCAUCACCAUCACGACCCCUCCCAUCCAGCUCCAUUGCCUUCUCUUGAUAAGCCACGUCCUAAGGAAUCGAAAGAGCAUAUUGUACAGCAGAUUGCCAUCAGUGAUUCAGGAGGAAAAAUGGAGACACCCCACACGACGCUUCAACAACGAAAGCCGAAAUCAAGCAAUGAAAAAGAACGAGCUCACGUUCGUGCCAGCACUUACUUGAAUUUAUUAGCCGACUUUACACACAACUUGACCGACGGAAUAGCCAUGGCUGCCUCCUUUUACACAUCACCUGCAAUUGGCGUUACAACUGCUAUUGCCGUCUUUUUUCACGAAAUUCCUCACGAAAUUAGUGAUUAUGCUAUCUUAGUACAGUCUGGUUUCAGCAAAAAAAGCGCCAUGAUGGCACAGUUUACCACUGCCGUGGGUGCUUAUCUCGGAACAUUCAUAGGUAUCUGUCUAGAGGAAUUCAUAACAACGACACCCACCGUCGGAACGAAAGAACACCACGACCAUCACCACCACGACCAUCACCACCAUGCCAGUAUGUUAGGAAUCAAAGGCAUGAGCUGGAAUGACCUCGUUAUACCUCUCACCGCAGGCGGAUUUUUGUAUAUUGCCACUGUGAAUGUGAUACCCGAAUUGCUUCGAAAAAGUAACAGUAAGAACGUACAGGAGGGCAGUCAAUUACACUUGAGGGAAUUGCUAGCCAUGGUAUUUGGCGUAGUCCUCAUGGCUGUCAUGGCUUGGAAUGAAACACAUACCCAUUGAUCUUGCUAUGUCAAUAGAAAAUAAAAUAAUCAUUCCUGCUUACCCCCUUAUUACUAUUACGCACAUCCCAUCGGUCCCGUUCUAAUAAAAACAAAAAAGUAUUGCAUAAACAACACCGUUUCCCCGUGUAACAAAAUAGUUAUCAGAUCACUCUUUGUCGGCUCAUUUUUAAACAUUCGGGGUCGCGGGGUUUAAAUAAAAUCCGGGCGGCGGAUUGCAGCGUGGAGAGGGGAG